AUGAGCAGAUCGUAUUGUGCUGUUCAUUUCUCGAGCAUGUCACUGUGUAAACGAUAUUAUGCUCCAAUUGAAGAGGAAAAGAAAUGUGAGAGUAAACUUAUACUGUACGACUUUGCACCAAUCGCUUACAUUUAUGGCUACUUGGGAACUGUGAUUAUAAUUUUGUUUGUUUAUGAUGUUAAAUCUAUGCACAAAAUUAUUGUCGAGGCGGGACCAAGAAAAAAGAACGAAAAAAAUCGAGCAUUAGGCGGGGAGCUGAGCAUAAGAGUGAAAUAUUCCGGAGAGAAAAGCGAGCAGAGAAAAUAUUUUACAGGUAGGUUUGAACAUGAACAACAAUUAAGGGCAAAUUAA